AUGCCACCAAAAAGCGAGAUUGACGACGAGACCAAGAAGAAGCAGUUGGUGUCUAUUCUUGCGGCGCUGGAGAAGGCGCCCAUUAAGGCAACUCCCGCUGGAAUCCGGAAAUUGGCCCAGCAGCGGGGCCUCGAAGUUUUCGGAGAAGAUUUGGCGGAAGGAACACGAAUCUCCCUCGGAGGAUCGACUAUCCUCAUUGAUAUCGACAUGAUCACCAGUCCAAUCGACAGGGUGGUGCGUGUGAACUUCUCUGUGGACGCCAAGGUGGCUCCUUCGGAUCCCAUACACUCCUACACGAACCCUGAGAUCUCUCCGUCAAUCAACGACGUUCUGCUGUCAUCUUUGCAGGCUUCCAAGCUGGACAAGUUUGCGCGACACCUCGCCUUUCUUUCAGACAUGGAGCGUCUAUCGUCUGAGAAAUGCAACUCUUUCAGAGCCAUUGAUGAGGUGGCCCAUGCUCUAUUCUUCAAGUACAAGAAGCUGGGCAAGAAGGAUUCACCUGCGGACUUUUGCAUGGGCUUUGGACAGCCGCUGCUCAACUACGAAGAGAAUUUGGGUCUGUUUCUCAAGUACUGGACUACCCAGCACCAAGUGAGAGACGCAGAAAAAGCUGCAGUUACUGCUGAGUAUAUUGCCGAGUUUGGAUUGCGAGAGAACUCAGGAGACUGCCAUGCAAAGUACUCCACUGGAUGGAUCAACGAGGGCGGAGAGUGGCAAGAGAUUGCUGCUCAGGAUAGCACCGCUGAGUUUGUGCUGAGACUCAAUCCUCCGGUGCUGAUGAACAAAGACCUGGCCACCAAGCUGGGAGCCUCGUACACAGUUGUGGGCAACGAUACGCCGUUCGAUCUGCUCGGAAAUACCUUUUACCGAUCGUUCCGGGAAGUUCAUACAUCCGACUCGGACUCUGUCAGAAUGAAUGUGGAAUACAGCAAUCUGGUGGCUAAGGACGAGCUGGUUUCCGUCACAGAAGUGCCUGUGGACCACCCGCGAUCGCUGGAGUCGCUCUUUGACAUUCUGCGGACCCAGAUCCAGCUGUCGACGGUGCUGGAGUCGGUUCUCAUCAAGGAUUCCAUGGUGGGACAGGAAGAACUGGAUACAAACGACAAUGUGCUUGUCGAGGAGCUUCUCAAUGCUGGCCCCGUGGUGCAGCAUGCUGAUGAGGGCCAACGGCUGCCUUUGACGGUGUCUCUAGGUGAUAACAACGGUUUACUGAGUCUGUCUGUUGAGGUGCAUGCCUGGAAGACGUGGUUUGAUGUGGUGAUUGACAAGAACAAGCUGGUGCUUACAAAUCUGCAGGCAUCGCCGGGAUCCACUACUUUGGAGGUUGCGCGGUUUGGAAAGCUCAUCAACUUUUCCGAAGAUCUGGCUCUCAGCAUUCUCCUUGCCAAAAACACAACAAAACCUAACUAA